UAGGUCUGGCCAUGUCAAAAAGGGGGAAAAUGGGAGCACCAAGAAAUUUUAGGUCGCAAUGCAUGCUCUCCAGCCGCGCCACAGCUGCGGUUGCGGCCACACUGCCAUCGCCACGCAGGGAUCGUCCGCCAUCGGGCACUGGAACUGGAAGAGAUCGCGGGUGAGGUACGAAUUUCGCAAGAAGGUCUAUGGCGUCGUCCGGCUCCGGCAUUGCAUCGCCCGGGCCUCAAGCACAGCCAGCGGCAGCAGCAGCGGCAGCGAGGAAGAUCAUCCAUUGCCAGCUCCAGACGGGGAGGCUAUCGCGGGCAAGAGGAAGAAAGAGGGCAGCGACCUCACACUGGUCGUGUCGGUGGGCGAGAAUUUGAGGCCCGGGCACGUCUAUGUCCGCCAUGGAGGGGCCGUGGCGCCGCUCACGGUGGGAGAGAUCCGCAAGGCGGCAUUGGCAGACAAGCAAAGUUUUUCUAAGCGAGAGAGCCCUUUGGAACACGAGGCUUGGGAGCUUCUCAGGUCUGCCAUGGUUUACUACUGUGGGACUCCAGUCGGGACGAUCGCUGCCAAUGAUCCCACCGAUGGCCACCCUUUGAACUACGACCAAGUUUUUAUCAGGGACUUUAUCCCGUCCGCCAUAGCUUUCCUGCUCAAGGGCGAGACAGACAUUGUCCGGAAUUUUCUUCUACAUACGCUCCAGCUCCAGAGCUGGGAGAAGACUGUGGAUUGCUACAAUCCCGGCCAAGGACUGAUGCCCGCCAGCUUUAAAGUGAGAACUGUUCCUCUCGAGGGUGAUCCAGCAAAUGGCACGGAGGAGGUUUUGGAUCCAGAUUUUGGUGAAGCUGCCAUUGGCCGAGUUGCUCCUGUCGAUUCCGGAUUGUGGUGGAUUAUUCUUUUGAGAGCUUAUGGCAAAAGCACAGGGGAUUACACGUUGCAAGAGAGGGUCGACGUCCAAACCGGCAUGAAAAUGAUCCUGAAGCUUUGCCUUGCUGAUGGCUUCGACAUGUUUCCGACUUUGCUCGUGACUGAUGGUUCGUGCAUGAUCGAUAGAAGGAUGGGAAUUCAUGGCCAUCCCCUCGAAAUACAGGCUCUGUUUUACUCUGCACUAAGGUGUGCUCGGGAAAUGCUGAUCUCGGAAGACAGCGCGCUUGAUCUCAUCAGGACCCUCACUUCUCGACUCAGUGCCCUGUCCUUUCACAUCAGAGAGUAUUACUGGGUGGACAUGGGAAAGCUCAACGAGAUUUACCGCUACAAAACCGAGGAGUAUUCUCACGAGGCAGUCAACAAGUUUAACAUCUAUCCGGACCACCUCUCGCCAUGGCUGGUGGACUGGAUUCCCAACAAAGGCGGCUACCUGGUUGGAAAUCUUCAACCAGCUCAUAUGGACUUUCGGUUCUUCUCUCUUGGCAACCUGUGGGCGAUUGUGAGCUCUUUAGCCACGCCAGAACAGGCAGAAGGCAUACUCGAUCUCAUCGAAGCUCGCUGGGUGGACUUCGUCGGCAACAUGCCUAUGAAGAUAUGCUAUCCGGCUUUGCAGGGAGAGGAGUGGCGUAUCAUCACCGGAAGUGAUCCCAAAAACACACCAUGGUCGUAUCACAACGGAGGUUCCUGGCCGACUCUCUUGUGGCAGCUUACUGUGGCUUGCAUCAAGAUGGGGCGCCCGGAGAUGGCUGAGCGUGCCAUUGAAGUUGCGGAGAAACGGAUCUCCAGAGACAGAUGGCCAGAGUAUUAUGACACAAGAGCAGCGAGGUUCGUAGGGAAGCAGGCUCGACUCUACCAGACUUGGUCCAUUGCAGGCUAUCUUGUUGCCAAGAUGCUUUUGGAUAAGCCGGAUGCUGUGAAAAUCUUGACGUGUGAGGAGGACUUGGCGUUGCUGGAGGCCAUGUCGUGCUCUUUGGAUGCCAAUCCUCGCAUUAAGAGAAAACGCAAGCUGAAGUCUACCAGAAUUAUAGUGUAAAUUCAAUGUUUGACAAAGAAUGUUAAUCUAAAGUAAAUAUAUUAUAAAAUAGGAGCCAUUCGCACUUGCU